AUGAUACACUCCAAGAUGAUGAGUGCUAAUCCUGAAGAAGACCCUUUGGACACUUUUCUCCAGUAUAUUGAGGAUAUGGGGAUGAAGGCAUACGAUGGUCUGGUUAUUCAAAAUGCGUCUGAUAUUGCCCGUGAGAAUGACCGCUUGAGAAAUGAAACCAAUCUGGCUUACCUGAAAGAAAAGAAUGAGAAACGGCGAAGACAGGAAGAAACUAUCAAACGCAUAGGGGGAGAAGUAGGGCGAGGCCAGGACGCCAGCUACGCGGGCAAGCAUUUCCGCAUGGGGUUCAUGACGAUGCCUGCUCCUCAGGACAGACUCCCGCAUCCCUGUUCCAGUGGAUUCACUGUGAGAUCUCAGUCCCUGCACUCCGUUGGGGGCACCGAAGAUGACAGCAGCUGUGGAUCCCGGAGACAACCGCCACCCAAGCCCAAGCGAGACCCCAGCACCAAGCUUAGCACCUCAUCAGAGACAGUCAACAGCACUGCAGCCACUAAAAGUGGGAGACCCCUGGAGAGGGCAGAAGUGUCUGCCAAGCCAAGACCCCACAGCGACGAAUAUUCAAAGAAAAUCCCCCCUCCAAAACCAAAACGGAACCCUAACACUCAGCUUAGCACAUCAUUUGAUGAAACCUACAUCAAAAAGCACGUGCCAAGGAGGACCUCGCUGCCACGAGAUUCAUCCCUGUCUCAGGUCUGCAGCCCGGCAGCAGACCCCGAAGAAGAGGAGCCUGUGUACAUCGAGAUGGUGGGUAACAUUCUCAGAGACUUCAGGAAGGAAGAUGAUGACCAGAGUGAGGCUGUGUAUGAGGAGAUGAAAUACCCCAUUUUCGAUGACUUAGGGCAUGAUUCCAAAUGUGACUUCGAUCAUCACAGUUGUUCUUCGCAGUGUGCUACUCCCACGUGUGCUACUCCCACGGUGCCUGACCUGGACUUCAUCAAGUCUUCAGGACCAUGUACUCCUAAGGGUCUGCUUUGUGAGAUACCCCCACCCUUCCCCAACUUGCUUUCUCAUAGACCACCCCUGCUGGUGUUCCCACCAGCCCCAGUACACUGCUCCCCCAAUUCCGAUGAGUCUCCGCUGACCCCGCUGGAGGUCACAAAGCUUCCUGUGUUGGAAAAUGUGUCUUACAUGAAACAGCCACCUGGAGCAUGUCCAUCCUCCCUGCCGUCUCACACCUCCAGCCAUGCUAAAGACCAGACCGGAGCCCUGGGUCCUGUACCUGCAGCGUCUGUGCUCUCCUCAUCUCCUCCGCCUCCAUCCACAUUGUACAGAACACAAUCUCCUCAUGGCUAUCCAAAAAGUCAUUCCACCUCACCAUCCCCUGUCAGCAUGGGGAGGUCCCUGACGCCCUUGAGUCUCAAGAGACCUCCUCCCUAUGAUGCUGUGCAUUCGGGCAGCCUCUCGAGAAGUUCUUCCUCAGUGCCUCACUCGACCCCCAGACCUGUGUCGCAAGAUGGGGCCAAGAUGAUCAAUGCCGCAGUGAAUACCUACAGUGCUGCACAGAGUGGCUCCAGGUCCCGGACACCCACCAGUCCUCUGGAGGAGCUCACCAGUCUUUUUACCUCAGGACGGAGCCUGUUGAGGAAGUCAUCCAGCGGCCGAAGGUCCAAGGAGCCUGCAGAGAAAUCCACUGAGGAGCUAAAAGUCCGAAGCCACAGCACGGAGCCAUUACCAAAGUUGGACAGCAAAGAGAGAGGUCAUCAAGGAGCAGCUUCUUCCAGAGAGCCAAGGAAAGCUCAAGAAUGGGACGGAACACCUGGUCCACCUGUGGUCACCAGCAGAAUGGGCAGAUGCUCUGUGAGCCCCACCUUGUUGGCAGGAAAUCACAGUUCAG